AUGUUGUCUUUUCCAACGCCAAAUGUCUAUCAAUCCGCAAAAUGCUUCCUCACGUACGGUACCAUGUCCCAUCCGGACCCGACGCAGUUGCCAACGAAGGGGAAGCCAUGGAGCACGCUUCUCAGUCAAGGUUUCAUCCACAGGGUUGAUCUUGUUAUUCCUCGAGAAGCACUCAAGAAGGUCAGAGCCAAGCUGGACGCCCAGUGCCCAGUGCAUUAUAGGGUCAUCAUGAAGCUAGGGGACAUCAUUUCUGGUGAAUUCUUCAAGGAAUACAUCAAGAUCGGAAACAUUAUGAUGCUGUCAGAGGGCAGAAUUGGGACGGACAAUGUCUUUACCCUAAAGGAUGGUACACUCACGCUGUACCUGGAAAAGGAAACAUAUGAGCGAGUCGGAAUCGUCGGACAACCACACGGAGUCAAAGGCAGACGGGGAACCAAGCCAAGAUGGAUCGUUCAGUAUGAUCUGCGGAAUCCGUCAAGUUUCGCAGGGAAGAAAGGGUUCGACAGGUUGGUGUAUGCUUGCGAUAACGUACUCAACCAGCCUGUCACCUGGUUGUUCUGCAACUUGUCAAAAACUCCCGAUCCGGAUCCACUACAGAGUCACUUCCCAACAAAGUAUAGCUCCUCGCCUUUGUACGUUGAAACGGUGCGAGCAAUUGUGCCAUCUUUGAAGCCACCGCAGGCUAUCCUCGAAAGUGGCGGGCGCGAUAACCUUGUCGAGUUCGCCACAUGCAUCUACGAAUGGCUAUCUUUGUUGAGACUCGAAAGUCCACGGGCUAAUGCUGAUGAUAAGAUCGAUCCGUAUCUGUCUCGCUACGCCGUACCGGGAGCCCCGGAAGAACUGCAAGAAGCUAUUUUAUGCAAAGUUAGCUGGCAAGGUUUCAUGUCUCCCACCUGGACACGACAAACCUUGGUCGACAUCAUCCUGGCUACGUCCUCCCAGUCAUGGUUUUCGUUGAGUGUGGCGUCGUUUGGAAAAGGAGUUUCCGGUGAAGGCACCGAGUGUAGUAUACUCAGACCACCCAAUUCACCUGGAGAGUACUUUCUCUGGGAUAUCCACGGCCACGAAUAA